AUGGAGGAAGAGGAGGACAGCGAGGGCGAGGAGGCGGUUCAUGAAGACGACGACUACCAGCCCAUGGAAGAAGAGGAAGCGGAAGACGACAACGAAGAAGAAGAUGUCGACAACAGAAAGCGACGAGCGAAGAGGAGGAACGCCACGGGUGGGGUCGACGACGGCGACGAAGACAGCGACGACGACGACGUGAAGCCGGUGCUCGUCAAGCACAAGAAAGAAGAGCGCAUGGAGCUCCAAGAAGAGAGGACACAGGUUACGGGCGAGGGCGAGGCCGUAACGCGGGACAGCGUCGGCGCGUUGGCAUUCAAGCGCGGUGGCGCGCAGCGCACGAAGGAGGAGCGCGCCGAACGACUGAGGGAGGUCCUCGGCCGUCCGGCGCUCGCGCUCAUUCCCGAGGCCGGCGAUGCCACCGAGGCCGAUGUACCGGCGAAGGCCGGCGGCAAGGGCGGCAAGGCCGGGCAGGUUCUGUUCCGCGAGAAGCACCGGCACUGGAUCGGGGAGGCCAACCAGAAGGACGCCCAGGGGCGCUCGCGCGACGACCCUGCCUACGAUCCCUCGACGCUCUUCAUCCCGCGCAAGGAUCUGGAGGGGAUGAACACCUUUCAGAGACAGUACUGGGAGAUCAAGAAGCAGCACUGGGACAAGAUCAUCUUCUGCAGGAACGGCGUGUUCUGGGAGCUGUACGAGAAGGACGCCGAGAUCAGUCAUCGCCUGCUGGACAUCAAGCUGGCCGACCCGGGCGCGAUGGGGAUGCUCACCGCCGGCGUGUUUGAGAACGCGUUCGACCCCUACGCCGCCAAACUCAUCGCGCUCGGCUACAAGGUGGUCAAGGUCGAGCAAAUGCAGGCCAACACCAAGAGCUCCGAGAAGAAGAACCGGCCCAAGGACCAGGCACGCACCAACUUCAUUCAACUGCAGGUUACGCGCAUUCUGAGCCCCGGCACUCUGGUGGACGACAUCUACAUCGACGACGAACGGGCCAUCUAUCUGUUGGCCGUCAAGGAGAAGUGGGAGCCCUCCGGUGACUCGGAGCUCCCCUCGUACGGCGUGUGCUUUGUCGACACCGCCACGGGGGAGGUGAACGUGGGACAGUUCCAGGACGAUCGCGACCGCACCCAGUUCGAGACCCUGCUGCUGCAGAUCAAGCCGCGUGAGAUCCUCUACGAGAAGGAGGGCCCGACCGCCCUGUGCUCUCCUCAGACCCUGCAGCUCAUCAAACGGAACGUGAAUCAGCCCACGCUCACGAGGCGCAGGCCAGGGGACCAGUUCUGGAACGCAAGCACGACCGCCGACUUUCUCGCGGGCGCCGACUACUUCGCUGGCGGCGAUCGGGAGUGGCCGCCGGUGCUGUCGCAGCUGCUGAAGGACCACCGCGAGGCCCGGGAGGGCAGCGAGCUGUGCCUCUCCGCGUUCGGCGGGGUGGUGUCCUACCUGAAGGAGCUCUACCUCGACAAGGAGGUGCUGGCCCAGGGCCGCAUCAAGACCUACGCCGGCACCACCUUCGACUCGCCCAACCUCGUCCUCGACUCCAAGACCAUCAAGAACCUCGAGAUCUUCGAAAACACAGUCGACGGCAAGACGGAGGGGACAUUGCUGAAGCUGAUGGACCACUGCUCGACGCCCUUCGGCAAGCGGCUGUUCAAGCGGUGGCUGGCGAUGCCUCUCAAGCGAAUCCACGAGAUCGAGGAGCGCCAAAAUGCCGUCGAGGACUUCAACGGCAGCGAGGACCACUCCACCACGCUCAAGGACGCCGUCGCCCUCAACCUCAAAGGCCUGCCCGAUCUGGAGAGGAUCGUAUCGCGCAUCCACGCCGGGUCGUCGCCCAUCCUCACGUUCCUCAGCGCUCUGGACGCGUUCGAUCUCUUGUGGAACAUGGUGAGCGAGCUGCAACCGCUGAUCGGCCAACUCCGAAGCAAACGUCUGGCAUUCCUGCUGACGGUCGGGAAGGGCUUCCCCGACAUCGCGCCCCAGCUCGAGUACUUUUCGCGGGCCUUCGACCGAGACCAGGCCAAGAGCGAGCAGCGCCUGAUCCUGCGUCCGGGUGUCGAUGAGGAGUUCGAUGCGGCGAGGGAAAAGGUAGAAACCAUCGAACAGCAGCUGCAGCAGCACUUGGAGGACCUCAAAGAGGAGGUAGGCAUCUCUGACAUGGCCUACGCCACCGUCCGCAACAAGGAGUACCUCAUCGAGAUUCCGAGGACGCCCAAGAACGAGGCGGCGAUCAAGCGCCAUAAGUCGACCUUCAUCCCCAUCAACGACACCAAGAGCGUGGGCCGCUACUGGACGCCCACCAUCUCGGCCCUCUUUGCCGAUCUGGAGAAGGCCCGAACCGACCUUGAGCGUUGCCGCCUGGGCUUGUUCGCGCGCAACCAGCAGAAGUUUUCCGAGAACCAUCGCGAAUGGUCGCUGGCCGUUGCCUGCAUGGCCGAAGUGGAUUGCCUGCAUUCACUCGCGAUCACCAGUUCCUCGCUGGGCGAGCCCGUGUGUCGGCCGACGUUCGUCGAAGCGAAGGAGGCGUUCUUCGAGGCCGAGGAGAUGCGGCAUCCGUGCAUCAGCCCCAAGAUCGGCGACGAAUUCAUACCCAACACCCUGCGCGUGGGCCAUCCUCACCAGCCACUCAUCCUCCUCACCGGUCCCAACAUGGGCGGUAAGUCGACGCUGUUGAGGGAGACGUGCGUGCUGGCCAUCAUCGCGCAGGUGGGCUGCUUCGUCCCGGCCGCCUCGUGCCGUCUUUCCCCCGUCGACCGCAUCUUCACCCGAAUCGGUGCCAACGACAACAUCAUGGCGGGGCAGAGUACGUUCAUGAUCGAGCUGCAGGAGACGGCGAGCAUCCUGCAGCACGCCACCCCGGCUUCGCUCGUGAUCCUGGACGAGCUCGGACGGGGCACGGCCACCUUCGACGGCUACUCGAUCGCGUACGCAGUGCUGGAGCACCUGUCGCGCAAGGUGGGCUGCCGCACGCUGUUCUCCACGCACUACCACAUGCUCACGGACGAGGUCGUACGCAACCCGCACAUCGCGCUCAAGCACAUGUCGUGCCACAUCGACGACGAUCGGAAGGAGGUUACGUUCCUGUACAAGGUGGCCGAUGGCGUGUGCCCCAAGAGCUACGGCAUGAAUGUCGCUCGCAUGGCGGGCGUGAAUGAGGAGAUUGUGGCGAGCGCGGAGAAGAUCGCCCAGAAGUUCGAGGGCGAGCUGGCCAUCGACCUCCAGCUCAUGGAGACCGAAAACAGUGCUACGGCCGAUGAUGAUGACAGCAGCGACGCGACCACCCAUGGCGCGGCCGUGGGUGACGAUGAAGUUGAGGCCAAGUCGGAGGCGGUCGGCGCGGACGAGAAGGCGCGGGUCGAGGAGAUCGCCCACCUGCUGCGCGAGGAGGAAGAGAAAGGCGUGGCCGGCAGGAUGGCCGCCUUCGCCCGCCUGGUCGGCCUGUGGACCCAAGCCACCCAGUAG